AUACAUACUUUAAUUACCUUGUUACAACAUGACUGAAUCAAAGGCGUAUCUUCCCUUCAUUCUUUUUGUAUUUCUUCACUUGUGCUCUCAUGUAUUGACUCGUGAACUAUCUGAGAGGGUAAAAUACUCUCACAAAGACAAAGGAAACAACUUGAUGAAGCAUCCAACAUUGUUGCAUGAUAUGGAAAGAGGGCAGAGCCAUGACCUUGUGGAUACUGAUUCAGCAAGUGGCGAAACUGAUUACUAUCAAAAAGAGAGAUCCAUGGUAUAUCCAAUGCAAAUAAAACCGGUUGAACCGGUUCAACCAAUUCCACCGAUGGAUCCAUAUCCAACACCGCCACAUCGUCCAAAUCCAGAACCGGAGCAAGAUUUUCCUCCUCGUCGCCACAAUAAUAUUCAUACAACUAAUUAUUUGAUUGGAUACUACCAACCUUUUAUUACUUCUCCACUGUAUUCAACUGAAAGGGAUCACCAUACUCAUUCAAAUGUUCAUCAGCCAUUAAGCUUGGAAGAUAUUGAUAAUGCAAAGGUUUCUGAGUUAUUAGAAGAUUCAACAAAUAACCAAAUUGAUUAUCAUCCGAGUUAUCGAAAUUUGCCAUCAGUAGAAAAGAGAAAACAUCCAAAUAAUCCACAUACAAAUCCAAGGGUAAAGGAGCAAGAUGCACAUCCUCGUCACCAUAUUCAUACAACAAACUUGAUUGGAUACUAUCAACCUCUUAUUCCUUCUCCAAUGUUUUCAACUAAAAGGGAUUACCAUCCUCAUUCAAUUUCUCAUCAACCAUUAAGCAUGGAAGAUAUUGAAUCAAAUAACUUUGAGGAUGGACAUAAACCAAGGCCUUCAGCUGAUAUUGAUUGGAAGACUUUCAUGCAUUAUUUCCAGCCAAAUCUUUUACCAUGAUACAUGGAGAAAAUACAGGUUAUGCAUAAACAUAGUUGUGACAUUAAAUAAUUGAAUCUAUGGAAUAUACAUAGCUAUGAUGCAUGAACCAUAUGAUCGAUGGAUCGUAAUACAAAUUAUGUAUGCCCUUUGUCAUAAAUUAUGUAGUAUCGUAUGUUCUUUAAAAGCUUGAGAUAGUUUGUAUGUCUGUUGUUUCAACUAUUACUAAAAAUGUAACUUUAUAUUAUAUUACUGAUGGGGGCAUUCGAU